CAUUGGGGUUUUCAAUUUUCAUUCUGUUUGUGCCCUCAGGUGCUCAUAGUUUGUGGAAAUUUGGGUUUCUUUCAAUCUAAUCUGCUCUUCAAAAUAUUCUCUCUUUUCUUCUCUUCUCUUCUCCUCCCGAGUCCUCUGGUGUGGAUUUGGAUAUGGAUCUGUUCGCUGCUCCGAAUGUCAACAACACUGCCCCUCCUUCCCCUUUCUCCCUCAAACACUCUCUUCUUCCUGACAGACCCUUUUCUUGCUCUUUGGCGAGGACUUCGAGGACAUUCUCUUCUUCACAUCCAUUUGCCCCCCAACUUCUUCGCCUCCUCGAGAUCCGUGUUUUCAAGCCCAACCUGGUGCGAGCCACUGCCAAGAACAAUCACGACAAUUCUCCAUCUCCUGAAAAUGGAGAUCACUCAAUUCCUGGAGAUGACGACGAUGAAUCAAAGAAUAUUUCUGAUGGCAACAAAAGUAAUGAAACUUCCUCCCAAAAAUUGCAUCACACAAAUUUGGACUGGCGAGAAUUCAGAGCAAACCUAUUUGCUCGUGAGCAGGCAGAAAAGGUUGAAGCCGAUGUGGACGCCCAGACUGCAAGUGCUCGCGAGUCUAAGUCUCUCGGGCUGAAGUGGGCACAUCCUAUUCCAAUACCCGAGACUGGCUGUGUCCUCAUUGCCACUGAGAAAUUGGAUGGUGUUCGCACUUUUGAGCGAACAGUCGUCCUUCUCCUCAGAUCUGGAAGCAGACAUCCUCAUGAGGGACCGUUUGGUGUUGUGAUAAACCGCCCACUCCACAAAAAGAUCAAGCAUAUGAAACCAACCAAUAAUGACUUAGCAACUACAUUUUCUGAGUGCUCUCUACAUUUUGGGGGGCCUCUUGAGGCGAGCAUGUUUUUGCUGAAAACAGGAGAAAAAUCAAAACUCCAUGGCUUUGAAGAAGUGAUCCCAGGCCUCUGCUUUGGCGCUCGAAACAGCCUCGAUGAAGCUGCAGUGCUGGUUAAGAAGGGAAUCCUUAAACCUCAGGACUUUAGAUUCUUUGUGGGUUAUGCUGGUUGGCAACUGGAUCAAUUGAGGGAGGAGAUCGAAUCAGAUUACUGGUAUGUGGCAGCUUGUAGCUCGAAUCUAAUUGGUGGAAGCGCAUCAGAUUCCUCAUCAGAGGGACUGUGGGAGGAGAUUUUGCAGUUAAUGGGUGGUCACUAUUCAGAGUUGAGCAGAAAGCCUAAGCAAGAUAUGUAGUUUAUCCCAAGGAACAAUGAAAAAAUUCCAAGUUAAAUGUGUAAUCUACGUUAAAAGCCAUAAAAGCUGAAAGCCAAAUGUACAGAAGUUAGCUGGCUUUUGAAAUUUAGCAGACGUCAUCUUUUUCAUUAAGGACAACAACGAAACGACCUUUUAUAGCUACUUCUAAAUGUAAUUUUUGUAUAUUCUGUUCACAUUUGCUUGAUUCAAUAGCUUUUUAGAAUA